AUGAAGAUGGUCACUACCAACACCAGCGGCACUCCGCAUGUGAUUCCGAUGCCACGAUGGAGCUCCAUCAUUGGCAUCGCUCGCCUCGUGCUUGCCGUGCUGGUCCUCGCUUUCGUCGCAGCGGCAGCCGGGCUAUGGGGAGAUGCUUCGUAUGCGGCUUUUGGGCUAACGCUGUUCACGGCAUCAGCGACGCUGUUGGUCUUCGCCUACUACACCCUGUCGCUCUGUCGCUGGCCACAUUUCUACUCCGCCUGGGCCGUACUUGGCCUCGAGAUCUUUGGCGUCAUCUUCUGGCUUACUUCAUUCGCGCUCUGCGCCGAGUGGACUGCUACGUUCAACCAUUCGUGGUGGACGCAUGGAAGCUCCACUGCCACCAACUAUGGAUUUUGGAACGCACCUUUCAGACCUGAGGAUAUAGGCCUACAGAGCCGUGGCAUUCCUGUGAUCAAGAGAGCACUUGCCAGUGAGAAGAAGUGGAAGUCAGCAGUCGCCCUUAUGGGCACAGCGGCCGGCUUGGGCGCAGUACAAUUUGUGCUCUUUGUGGUUACGCUCACCUUCUUCGGCAUUGGACUGCAGAAGCAUCGCGUCGCGGGGAAGCCCUUCACCUUCAAAGCAGACACUUCUGCAGCAACUCCAGCCGUUGCAUCCGCUCCCGCCGAAGAGAAAGCCGCGAGCACCAAAAGUGUUGACCAGCCGGCUGGGACUGCUAGUGCCGUCUAA